UACUAUCUGAUCAACAAAUUAUAGUAUAUUACAAUCCCAUUUUACACUGCAUGUGACAAAUAUAACUAAAGUUGGACAGGAGAGAGAGGAUGUUAAUGGGUAUGUAUAUUGUUUGCAAGUUAUUUGAGCUGCAAAAUAUAAUGAAUAGAAGGGUGGUUACUAUCAGACUGCAAACUCUUCUUUUUGUCAAUAAAAAGAUCAUUCUUUUCACAAUAUUUCUCAGAGGAAGUAGAAAAAAAAGGCAGAGAGAGAAAGCAGCAUCAUUAGGAGCUAAAAGGCAACACAACAGAAAUGAGAAGCCUAAUGAUGUCCCUAAAUGAAGGGGGAAACGUUGCUCAGUUCAUUUUAUUAAUCAGACUGUCAAUUUCACCCCAGAGGCCGAGCCCCUGAGCGAUUGGAGCUGAGCUGAAGCUGGAGGGGAGAGAGAGCGUCCAGUCCAUUCGUUGUGUGUCUCUCUACCUGGCCCUAUUUGUCUGCCAGGAAUCCGCCUUCAUUAGCCACUGACAGGAGCCUCUAUUUAUUUGCUUAUAAAACUGUUACAAUAAAUGAUUAUUCAAACAGCGUCAUUCAGACCUUAAUGACGAGCCCCAGUUUUUGAUGAAUGACACUGCUGCCUGGGAGGAUGUAUGGGUCAUUUUGACCAGUCAUUCCAUCGCUUUGGCAUCCCACAAUUUCUACGCAACGAUCAAGGAGGGUGGGAAAAAAAAGUCCACCCUACAGAUAAUAGUGGGAGACAGUGGCAGGCUGACAGCGAGCUGGUCCUGCUGCAAAUAAUCAUCAUCUCUAUCUACAGCACCAGCAGCCUCUGCACUUUUUUUUCAGUUUUUUUUUCUCUCGCUCUCUCUCUCUCCAAAGCUGAGAUGAUGGAAAGGAUAAGAAAGGAGAUGAUUCUCAUGGAGAGAGGCUUGCACAGCCCAGGAUCAGGCAAGAGACUUCCCACUGUAUCCGACCCAGCUGGGCAUGCAGUGUUAGAGGCCCUGGAACAUGCUCACCACGCUGGGCGCCUCAGUCCCAGGAUCACCUCCUCCUCUAUGCACGGACCCAUAGGGGAACACCCCAGUAAGGGCAAGUUUGAGAUCGACUCUCUCUUCGGCAUCUCUCACUCAGCGGGGGAAAGUAACGGGAACACUGAUAUCUCCGGGGCUGACAGGGGCAAGAAGCUCAGUCAAUAUUCCGAAGUUUCCAAAGAGGCAGAUAUGAGCAGUGAUGUGGAGGUGGGCUGCGCAGGGAUGCGCUCCCCCAGCAGUAUCAAUGGCAGCCAACUCAAGGAAAGCAGCAAAGACAGUGGAUCAUCCGUGGCCAGCACCACCGGCUGCUCUACACCGUCCGGAUUAAGUAACCUCAAUGGGCUCAAUCCAGUUGGGAGCUCUAGCUCCGCGGCAGAUCAAGUGCGCCGGUACCGAACAGCUUUUACCCGGGAGCAGAUAGGGCGCCUAGAGAAAGAGUUCUACCGGGAGAAUUACGUGUCUCGGCCCAGAAGAUGCGAAUUGGCCGCUUCUCUAAACCUCCCGGAGACCACCAUCAAGGUCUGGUUCCAGAACCGGCGCAUGAAGGACAAGAGGCAGCGACUGGCCAUGUCGUGGCCUCACCCAGCAGACCCGAGCUUCUACACUUACAUGAUGACCCACGCUGCGGCCACCGGGAGCCUGCCUUACCCCUUCCAUUCCCAUGUGCCCUUGCACUACUAUCCCCACGUUGGGGUGACUGCGGCUGCGGCAGCUGCUGCAGCCUCCGGUGCUGCUGCUGCGGCCGCUUCCCCUUUUGCUACCUCCAUCCGCCCUCUGGACACUUUCCGUGCCCUCUCCCACCCUUACUCCCGACCGGAACUUCUGUGCAGUUUCAGACACCCAGGUCUCUACCAAUCCCCGGCUGGGAUCAACAGCACCGCGGCAGCUGCAGCAGCUGCGGCGGCCGCAGCAGCAGCCUCAGCACCGGGCGCUUCUCCUUGCUCCUGCCUCAGUUGUCAUAGCAACCAGACGGCUUCAGCCUUGGGCGCAGCCAGCAGGGGGUCGGAUUUCACUUGCACUGCGGCCUCCCAAAGAUCAGAGAGCAGCUUCCUCCCUUACUCAGCAGCAGUACUCAGCAAAACGUCAGUGUCUCCUCCGGAUCAAAGAGAGGAUACCCCCCUUACAAGAUAACUGAGCCCUAAAGGGCACCCCCUCUCUGUACUGAUCCAUUCCAAGCAGAGAGGACUGGACAGGUCAUACCCAAGCACCUGCAGACAAGGGGGACUUUUUCUACUGACCCCUACACCCCACUAAUUGUAUUUAGACAUCAAACACCAAAUCAUCUUCUACCAGCUGGGCAACAACCUCUCGCCCAAGAGCCCCUGGCAAGGAAAGGACCAAGCCCUUUGCUAGUGAGAAGUGAAUUUGCAGUGCAAGACUUGGCACACUGUGGUUUCUUUUGGUUUACACGAUGUUCAAUCCAUUGGUUUGAUUAUGAUUUACUUGCUAUAAAAUACAUGUUGUAUAGGUUGCCUUAUUCUGUAGGCUGAUGACAUUUUGCUAUGCCCAUUCAGAUCCACCUUUAUCCCAUUUACUGUAUCUGGAAAUACUUGAAAGCUGAGAUGGGGGGCUGUCUGGCAGAUAGAAAUGGCUGAUCCCAGGCUGAUGAAUGAUUUCCUGUGAAUCCACCUCUGGGUACCAGCAAUUCCCUCUCCCAGGCCAGGGAUCCAGCAGGGACUUGGCUGAACUUUGAGAAGCGCAGCACAAACUAGUGAUGUUAUUGGCCUGUCAAUUCUGAUGCUAAUAAUGUGCAGAUUAUGACGAAAAUUGCCAAUCAUGUUCUCUGAUGGACCCUCCUUUGAAUGUAGAAUUGGAGGAAAGUUCCCCGCAUAGAGACCUGCUGUCAGGUACUAACAACCCGCUCAGGGAAGUCAUUAGGAGAGACAGAUAAGCGGCUGCUCCAUAAAACAUUGUUCGUGGUGCCGGGGAUGCGGCCUCUUUAGUGCUACUACAGCUCCUACCUGCAGCCAUUCGGCAGGAGAGAGCCCGGCUCUUAGCAGCAGAAUUGCCAAUUUCAUUCCUGUAGCUCGGGCACCCUGGGCAGACUUUCCUCCUUAAAGCUCAUGUUGCACCAGUGUGUGCGGACCCUCAUUAAAUCAAAGCAGAACAUUUCCAUACAGCUCCCCGCAGAGUCGCAUCUCUCUCUGCUUCUAAUGAGAUGCUCUGCAGUACUGCUGGGCCUGUCCUUUACUUCCAAUGGCCGACACGGGCCCGCAGCAUGCUCAGGCCUCUCUACUAUUGUAUCACUAGCAUCACACACUCAGACAAACAUGCACACAACUUACUUACACACACACACACACACACCUUGUACAUAGUAAUACACACAACACACACUGAGCUCACAUACACUAUACACAAAAAAAUCAUAUGCAUUAUCAUUACAGACACAAACUCACACAUACACAGAACCACGACAAACACACACAUAUAAACUGUAUACAAGCCAUUCACCACUGUACUUACAGCAACACUGGCCACACACACACACACACACACACACUAACCCCAAGCACUUAAACACACACGCAUAUCAGGUGUGCACACCAACACAUCACAUCACACUCACGUCUUAGCACAAACACAACCUCAAAUUAACAAAGAACCCCCCCCCAAUGUAUAAGUAAAUAAGCAAAAAUAUACAGCUACACAGAUCUAUGUAUUGCACUGAUUGUUAGGGGCAAAUGGAUCAUAUAACUUUUGUGUUACAUGUUUCAGUGCAUUGUCAGUGUACACAAUAUUGUCUGUCCCCUUUCUUUCUCUAUGUAGAAUGUCUUUCUCUUGAUAUAUACAGAUGUGCAGCCUUACAUACGCCUGUGUGCAUGUAUAUACACAUAUAUUACAGUGCGGGUUAACACAACACUGGAAAUUCCCUUCUAUAAUGGACCCCGAAUGUCACUGAAAAGAAUACACACUUGUGCUGUAAUAUGCGUAAUUCUUAAAAAUCCAGAUACAGAGGUUGUUAUUCUUAUUCGUCCCUUAUUUUGUUUCCAAUCCCUCUGUUCUGAAACUGGACCCUGCAGUGGGAUUUCCUCCAUUUCAUUUCUUAACAUUUCUGUCUUUUUUUUUGUUAAAUGAAUCUAUUUAUUUUCUUAAUAUAUGAUUUCUGGAUGGAUGGAUGGCUACUGGCGAGUCUAGCACUGUCAUACAUUUGCUCCCAAUUGAUCUAGAGUGUCUGUUCCCAUAUUAUGGGUGUGGGUUGUACAUUUUUGGGCAAUAAUGUUUACAUUUCGAGCGUGACUAGCUGACGGGCCAGUGGUUAGCGAGAAUGACAAACAUUUUAUUUAUGUUAGAUCCGUUAUAUACACAUAUAUAUAUAUAUAUAUCUGUAUAAAGAAAUCUGUAAAAUAUUCGUGUUUUAAAUAUUGGUGUCUGUAAGAAUCCACUGUAAAAUAUUUUACAAACGUGCAAUAAUGACAGCGAAAAGCUUUGUAUAUUAUGUUAUUUAUUGUGUUCGGUGACGAAAAAUAAAACAUUAUUUAAA